AGUGGAGGAGAAAACAAGUGUUUCUAAGAGUUCAUUAUAGUUACCUCAACAAUUCCUAAAAGAUUUGUUUGUGUCAAAUGGACUAAAUGUUGUAGUUUUAUUCAAAGAAACUAAAAAAGGAAAAAUGUUAAACCAUGCCAAUAUUGAUAGCCAAAACAAACAACUUGUCCAGUGUUCCCUGUGCUAACUUUAAUGGUAAAAUGCAUAUUGACAUGAUGGAGGGCUUCAGAUGCAAUCAACAAAGCCUGAUGAGACUGACAAACCUAUCAGGGUAACUUCCUUCUCCUUCUCAAACAGACAGGCGGAGACACUCUGACUGCAGGCAGAAACUAAAUCCUUUAACAGCCGAGACCCAGCACUUCAUUAGUUCAAGACAAGCAGCAAAAUGAAAUAUCAGCUGCUGGUUCUCUGGAUUCUGACAGCAUUUUGCAUUAAUCACGCUGCAGGCGAUAUAAAUGUAGAGAAGGUUGGAGAUGGAAUCAUGUUGUCUUGUACUGAAGGUGUAAAUGUUACUGGAAAUGGUAAGAACGAGAAAACGUUGCACCUGAUGUACCAUGACAGUAACACCGGAGAAUACACUUGUAGUGAAAAUGAAAAUGGACCAAACAUCUUUGUAAAAUAUCGGACGUGCGACAACUGUGUAGAGCUUGAUACCUCCUCCAUCGUGGGCCUGGCAGUAGGAGACGUGGUGGCUACUAUUGUGGUUGGAGUGGCAGUCUAUCUCAUCGCUUCUCAAGCUCGGACUGGUCAAGUUAAACCGACCAAGAAAAGGUCUGAUAAACCGAAUCUGAUUCAAAAUGUACAGACCGACAACUCCAACUACCAGCAACUGAGAUACAAGAACGGAGAGAAAGCUGAAUAUGAUAUAAUCAAGAAAAAGUAGAAAAGGAGGCCCAUGGCAACUCCUUACUGCAAGCAAACCUUUACAGGAGGAAACUUCUGGUCCUGCUCCCCGAGUCUCCAUCAGGACAGACUGUUUUAUGUGUACAGCUUGUUCUGUCCUCUAAAAUGAUAUAAUUGGCUGUAUGGCAUUUUCUUUGGAAAAUAAUUUCUGUUUUUCAUUUAUGAUUCCCUGAAAAUGGAUCUCUAUCUGGCCCUAAAGCUACAGCUGUUCUGAGGUACUUGGUAUGUCGGCUGAAUAUUUAGUAUCAUUUCUCUAACAGUUAAAAACCUUAUUAAGUUACUUUCAUGGUUCAAAAGUUGCAAAUUUGGUAAAUAAAAAAAACUGUUUCUAUUUUGUAGUAAAUAAAAUCAUAACUUCUUAAAUAAGGUAAAUAUUUACUUGUUAAAUUAAGUGUACUAUUAUUAUGAUUAUUUUAGACAUACUGCAGUUUAUUAGUAGACUGGCGGUAAUAGGCAUUUACUUUUAUGUUACAUUAUCCAUUCUUGUUUAAUUGCAUGUUUUACAGUGUUUUAGGCUUUUCAUUUUUUUGUGUUACAAACAGAAAUUUGAUAAAACAUACAGUGGUAAUAUGGAUUGAAAAAUAUUCAUUGUUUUACUAUGUUUUUACAAAUAAAGAUCUGAAAUGUG